CUUCUUUUUCUCUUCAAUUCCUUUUCCAGAGCUCACUGAUUUUAAAUUUAUCGUCGACCUUCUGCACGACGACCUUUCAACGGAAACAUGUGUGCACUCACCUGUUUCCAAUGGCUCGCUCUCGGUUCAGCGGCUUUGCUACCGUCUAGCUUUGGCCUUCGCGAGCUUCACGAUACCUUUUUUUUCUUUUUGAUUGAGGCUAUUGCAGAGGCGGUCCGGCGACACAGUCGCUUCCAACAUGCAGCCUUGGGGAGCCUGGGAUUCAAACCAAGCCGAUAUGUCAGUGUGCACUUAGAAGAUAGUGAAUGUUAACUGCGAAGGAAAUGCUUUAUCCACGAGCAGUGUGGGACUUAGGACUUAUUCCUUCACAAUAUUGUA